AUGGGUGCCCGCGUCGAUGCUCGUGAGAUCAACGGAUCCGACAUGAUCUCCGCCUUCCGCCUUUCGCAACAAGCUCCUGCUAUACUUGGCCCCGAGUCUGGCACCAAAGCUUCGGACGACAAGUCCGCCCACCUGUGCCUCGACCGGCUGAGUCGCCGUUUCAGCCCCACGAACGAGAAAGUAAUGGCACUCCAGGGACUUUACAAAGAGGCGACUGCGAAGGACCAGCAGGCGCUGGAGAAGUGCUUAGAAGACUACGACAAGACGCUUUCGGAAAAUCCUGUCAACGUGCCCAUAAUGAAACGUCGAAUUGCUCUACUCAGAUCCCUCAACCGACCCGCUGACGCGAUUACGGCCCUUAUUAAGUUCCUCGACGCGGUUCCGACCGACGCCGAAGCCUGGUGUGAGCUGGCCGACCUAUACCAGUCUCAAGGAUUGGGUUCGCAAGCCAUCUUCAGCCUGGAGGAGGCCCUACUGAUUGCCCCCAAUGCGUGGAAUAUACACGCCCGGCUUGGAGAAGUUCUCUACGUAUGCGGCUCAUCUCCCGACGGGGAUGCGCGACUUGCAGGCAAGUCGAUCCAGCAUUUCUGCCGAAGCAUUGAGCUCUGCGACGACUACUUGCGUGGAUUCUACGGAUUGCUCCUGGCAACCUCCCGUAUGCUGGAAAACGGAGUAGAAGAUGAGAAGUUCUCCAAAAACACCUUGGGCCGAUUGAAGAGUUUCGCCCUUCAGCGGCUGGAACAGAUUGUCCAAUCAAGAAGCGUGAAUGACCAGCAUUGGGCAUCGAGCCGCAGCGAACUCAUUGCUGCCAAGGAAUUACUGAACCGCUAUGGAAAACAAUAA